AUGGUCUCCACGCGACAUCAUCCCCGCGAAUUCCCCUCCCCUGGGGCCAUGAAAGAGCAGUCCAAGAUAUCUCCAGCUACCACCAGUGCCAAUUCACGCAAAUGGACCCAUACACCUGCUGCUGCACUGACAAUCUGGCUCAUCAUUUCAGUCCCCUUGGUCAUAUGGGACACAGGCUAUGUCUUGUUGCGACCGCAUAGCAUGCCCGGUGGAAGUCUGCACUCUCCCAUCUGGACACCUUAUGCGCUGUACGGAAAAGUCGACUAUAUCUACGGCUGGCCCGCUUUCAAUGCGCAUAAUGGCUUUACGGCUGCUCAGACUACUGUCAAUAUCCUCGAGACUAUCGGUUACAUAUACUACCUCUGGAUUGUCUACCACUAUGGAUCAACGGCUGUCAGAGGUAGCAGAUCGCAGAAAAGCUCUAAGGGAUUCAUCUGGUUGUUAAAGGGAGACAAGGUGGUCGCUGGGCGCAUUGGUGCCAUCGCGCUUCUGGUCGCCUACACCGCAUCUGUCAUGACCCUGAGCAAGACUAUCCUUUACUGGCUGAAUGAGAUCUUCUCUGGCUUCGAGAACAUCGGUCACAACGAUCCGCUCUCUCUCUUUCUCUGCUGGAUCCUUCCCAAUGGGAUGUGGCUUGUAUUUCCCAGCUAUAAUAUCUACAUUCUCGGAAGCGAGAUUUUGAAUUCGCUUGAGCUCGCGACACCACGCCAGAAGGUCGGACGCCCCAGAUCCACCUAA